AUGAGUUCUGCAGAUGAUGCUGCCACGUUCUCCUUCUACCACUAUGAUCCGAGCUUGGCAGGUGCCGUGAUAUUCGCUGUUCUAUUCGCAAUCACGACAAUAUGGCAUACCAUACAGCUGUGUCGGACACGAACGUGGUUCUUCAUCCCAUUUACCAUCGGCGGUGCUUUUGAAGUUAUAGGCUAUAUUGGUCGCGGCUUGUCGAGCCGAGAAUCUCCCAACUGGACUUUGGGUCCGUAUCUCAUCCAGACAUUAUUCCUCCUUCUUGCGCCGGCCCUUCUGGCGGCUUCGAUUUACAUGUUGCUCGGGCGCAUAAUACUGGUGCUACAGGCCGAAUCCCAUGCGAUCUUGGGUAAAAAGUGGCUCACCAAGAUUUUUGUUACCGGUGACAUCCUCUCAUUCCUCCUCCAGGGCGCUGGAGGCGGAAUCCAGGCCAGCGGAACCCUAUCUGGCAUGAAAAACGGCGAGCGCAUCAUCGUCGGGGGUCUUUUCGUGCAAAUAUUCUUCUUUGGCUUUUUCAUGGUCACAGCCGGCGCAUUUGAUCGAAAGCUCAAGAAGUAUCCAAUCCCUCGCUGCCGUGACCCAGCUAUUCCGUGGAGGAAACAGCUCAACAUUCUCUAUCUGACCAGCCUGCUGAUUCUGAUUCGAUCUGUAUUCAGACUGGUGGAGUACCUUCAGGGGAAUAAUGGAUAUCUUUUGCACCAUGAGAUCUACCUAUAUGUCCUGGAUGCGGUUUUGAUUUUUGCUGCUAUGGCUAUUUUCAACUUCUAUUAUCCCAGUGACUUUGCUCAUCCGGUUAACGCAGGAAUGGACUACGAACUGCACGGGGCGACUGAUAAAUAUGUUGUGUGA